AUGACCGAGGACGUGCCGGUGGUGCCCAGCGUGCCCAAGUGCAACGGGAGCGUGGUUCCUGAGAAGGGACCGCUCCAGGUCAUUGGCAUCAUCGAUGACAUCGCGAGGUCUGUCGGGACGGGGCCCUACACAAAUGCAGACACCAGCCCUGAUGCUCCGCUCGCAAAAGGAAAUCAGGAGGAAAGUAGAAACUCGCUGGUGGAGGACGUAGUGUGUGGAGAUUUUGACGGAGAGAAGCAAUGCGAAGAAAAGCAAGAGGAAAAUGAUGCGACGCUACAGCAGGGAUCAGUUGAUCUCCAGGACACAGGAACCGGUGGCCAGGAGUCAGAGGAAGGGCCGGGCAGCGGGCAGCCAGCGCUGGGGACAGCGGCCGGCCCCAGCGGGGAGGUGGCGGGGACCCCCGCGGGCACCGCCGAGCAGAGAGGGAACGAUGCUGAGGAGGAGGAGGAGGAGGUGGAAGAAGAAGAGGAGGACACCGAGGAGGACGAAGUGCAGGUGAUAGAGAUGCAGGAGACCAGCGAGGCGUCCCAUCGGCAGCAGCAAGAGAGCGGCAAGGAGGUAUCGCCCCCCACCAGCCCCGGCUGCAACGCCCAGGCGGAGAAAGCUGGGGAGCAGCCCAGCCUGGGGAAAAAAAAUGACAUCUCCAGACACAGCUACUCCCGGUACAACACCAUCUCCUACCGGAAGAUUAGGAAAGGAAACACCAAACAAAGAAUUGAUGAAUUUGAAUCCAUGAUGCACUUAUAA